AUGCACUCCCCCCUCUGUCUGAUCCCAUGGUAUCUGCAGAUAACUCUUGCCGCAGGGCUAUUAGCUGCUCUCACGCUGGCAGAGCAAGUCACAUUCAAUAGCACUAGUGCGAAUGUUCCAGCCGAUAAUAGCACGUACGCGUCCAUCUUAGGGUCAUUCACCUCUGUGGCUUCUCCGAAGGCGUGGGCGCAGCAAGACUGGAACGGCCUCACAACCUUCGCCGGCGCAACGCCGCUGAGGUGUUUUGGCGCAGAUGUGGACGUUCCCUACGACGUCGCUGUUUUAGGUGCCCCGUUCGAUACAGCCACCACAUAUCGUUCAGGGGCUCGGUUCGGAACCAAUGGCAUACGUCAAGGCUCCAGACGCCUGGGAAUCUCUAGGAUCAACGUCCCUAUGAAGACUCGUGUGAGCGACUACUUGGACGUCGUAGACUGUGGGGAUGUCCCCAUGGUAUACAUUGACAACAAAGUUGCGCUGCGGCAGUUGGAGGCAGCCUCGUCUGCGUUGCUGUCUCGAAAGAGCCUCCGAUCCUAUGACGGCACGAGCAUCGCAAAAGACGGCGCGUUUCACCCUCGAAUAUUGACUUUGGGUGGAGAUCAUACAAUCACACUAUCAAUGCUGCGUGGGAUUGGGAAGGUAUACGGCCCUGUCAGCGUAGUCCACUUCGAUAGUCACAUAGAUACUUGGAAGCCGAGCCGAGCACCGGAUGGUCCUUGGCUGCCAGAUGAAGAAAUCCCUGUCACGCAUGACAACUACUUCUGGCACGCACAUGAAGAAGGCCUCCUUGCUGCUAACCACUCCAACAUCCACGUUGGAAUACACGGUGCGCUCGACAGCUGGCAAGACUACGAAGAUGACUACGAGGCCGGAUUCGUCAUAAUCCAGGUCGACGAGAUCGAAGACAUCGGAUAUAAAGGCAUCGUGAAGAAAAUUAGAGACGCUGUCGGCGAUAACCCAGUAUACAUCUCUUUUGACAUAGACGUCAUAGACCUUGGCAUGGCGCCUGCGACCGGAACACCUGAGAUAGGAGGAUUCACAACACGAGAGAUUAGAAAGAUCCUACAGGGCCUAGACGGACUGAAGAUCGUCGGUGCCGACAUCGUCGAAGUCGCGCCAGGCUAUGAUACCCAAGCCGAGAUUACACAAAUCGCCGCAGGAAACAUAGGCUGGGACAUUCUCGCUCUCAUGGCGAAGACGCCCUUAGUCGCCUGA